AUGGCUCGCCGCCCGUUGCUGUCACCAUUCACGCCACGUUUUAACCGUUUUUUCGAUGAUUUUCGAGACUUUGACUUGGAUCGAACAUUUCAACGUCCAUAUUGGGUGGACUGUUCGUUCGAAAAUUCACAUAAGCUCGGUUCCGGUGUUGGACAGGUUUGUUUCAACCAGAAAAAGAACAUGUGCAAAAAGUUGACUGUAUGGGAGUUCCCAAAAAUGUCAGGCUCCGAAGUACAGAGCUUCAUGGAGCCAAUCUAUAGCACCUAG